AUGAGCAGUAUCAAGACGCGGCUGCAGAAUGCGCGGUCCAAGUUGUUGAGACGCAGCAGCGCGACGUCGAGCAGUGCACGCUCACUCACUUCCUCGCAUGGCAGCGAGAGGCAUGCGCGCCUGCCGCCGACCAGCUCCCUCCGCAAGAGCAUCUCGCUGCAGCAGCUGCCCGAGGUGUCUGGCGCGGAGACUCCCGACGACAAGACAGCUGAUCCGCGCAUGGUCAGGUCGGAUGUGCUUGGAGUGGCCGCCGACAGUCAGGCCGACGGCAACGGCAGCACUGGCAGCCUGAACACCUCGCGAGAUCGACACUCGACCUGCACGAGCAUCGCGAGCACCGCAAGCCACCACCAGCGCCAGCCCUCUGCCGACGUGCCUGUCGUCCUGCCAGAGGUGACUCUCGAGGCGCCCACGCCUCUCCACCCCGUAGUGCAGCAGCCUGCCGAGCUCAACCGCGCCGAGCCAUCGUCGCUUUCUUCCGCCCCGAGCGACCACACCACCACCGAGCCUGUCCCCGCCAGCAGCAACGACACCUCGCACAACCCAUCGCCCGCGCUCGUCCGCCGCCAGUCCGUCGUCAACAAGACCGAUGCCCAGAUAAUCAAGAAGCUGCUCGUCCCCGACAUCCCCCAGGCUGCCAUCCAGACCGGCCCGCCCACCGUCGCCGACUACUUUGGCGGAGCACCCGCCAACUUCAGCGCUGGCAUGCUGCACCGCAAGAUCUGGGUCAAGCGGCCCAGCGCCUCGGCCACGCUGGUGCAGAUCCGCGAGGACGACCUGGUCGACGACGUCCGCGAGAUGAUUCUCAAAAAGUACGCCAAUUCGCUGGGAAGGAGCUUCGACUCGCCCGACGUCACGCUGCGCAUCAUCCCGCGCGACAACCAGCGGGGAGGAGACCGCACACUGGGCCCCGAGGAGGACAUGUGUCGCACCCUGGAUGCGUACUUCCCCGGCGGCCAGAACGUGACCGAGGCCCUCAUCAUCGACGUGCCCCAACGGAGGACCCCCAAGCCCUCACCACGCGUGCCCUUCUACUACCACCACGAAGAUGGCGUCCACCCACAGACCGAGUACUUUCCGCCCAUGCCCGUCGUCGCUCCUUCUCCCGCUGCCUCGGGCCAGCCGCAUGAGGCCCGCAUGCCCCUGCCUCAUGCGCCCCACUCGAUAGCUGUGCUCAACACCGGACAGUUGCCUGCACUGCCCUCACCCGGCGGUACCAGACGAGGGCCGCUGCAUGCCCAUCGACCGAAAUACCCUAGAACACACACAGCCUCGCCAACCACCCUCGGCGGCGGCAUCCCCUCCUCUGCCACGUCUGUCCGCCCUCCAAACCGGCCGCGCCAUGACUCCUCCGCCUCCGAAGCAAAGAACUCUGCCGCCUCGAACAACGCGAUACCCACCCCGCCCGCUUCAGCCGACCCCAUCUCUCACUCACAAACCCUCCAUGAGUCGACUCCGCCCACCCCGCGCAUAUCAUCGCCCCAACCGAACAAUAAGAAAAAGCGGAGACCAAAGCCGCCGGUGGAAGCACCGAGUUUGCCAGCCGGUCUUUUGGAUGGCUCAGUGCCGCCCAUCAAUGUGUUGAUUGUAGAAGACAACAUCAUUAACUUGCGAGUUUUGGGUGCUUUCAUGCAGCGUCUGAAGGUCAGGUGGCAGCGUGCAAUGAACGGAAAAGAGGCAGUCACCAAGUGGAAGGCCGGCGGGUUCCAUCUGGUACUCAUGGAUAUUCAGCUGCCAGUCAUGAACGGUCUGGAGGCAACCAAGGAGAUUCGACGGUUGGAGCGUGUCAACAGUAUCGGCGUCUUCAGCAGUGGCAGUAGUGAGGCCCCUAACAAUAGACUUGGAUCAGAGGGCAACGGCAAAGACGAGCUGAGUGAGGAUGACCGCCUCGGUGACAAGGGCAUGUUCAAGAGCCCCGUCAUUAUCGUCGCGCUUACAGCCAGUUCGCUGCAGAGCGACAGACACGAGGCUCUGGCGGCUGGCUGCAACGACUUUUUGACCAAGCCCGUCAACUUUGUCUGGCUUGAACGCAAAGUCAAGGAGUGGGGCUGCAUGCAAGCGCUCAUCGACUUUGACGGUUGGCGCAAGUGGAAAGACUUUGCCGACAAGUCCGAGAACAACGACAGCACAUCCAAACUCACCGUAGGCUACUCGAGCAUGGCCCCGAACAAGAAAUCGAGCAGCACUCUGAGCCCUACUUCUGCGUCCUCCGAGACAAAUGGCAUAAAGAAAGACGGAGACUCAGAGAGAAAGAGUAAACGCAAGAGUCUCGGUGUCAUACCGCAACCCAUACUGCAAGAGGAAGCUGAGACACCGCCAGCUGAAGUUGACAGUGGCGACAACUGA